UGAAAUCAUCUAGAGAUAUAAACCCGAGAAGAACUCUCAUCUCAAUAAUGAACAAUCAAGUUUUACAAAAUAUAUAUAUUUUUUUCACCCAGCACUACUGCGCAAUACAAACAACACGGACAGCGCAGCAGCGUCGGCAUAUAACAACACGGACGUCAUGGCGUACGUAUGGAAUGAAGCUUUAUAUGCGCCGACCAUCGACUCCGCUAUAUCAGCCAGCCUUCAACUUCUAUCUGGGGCAGCCAGGGUAGCAUACAGUACUGGGAAAGAAACUGGCAAUAUUACAUCUGCCUUCAGCCCUGUUGCACUUUCGGUCUUCGCAAACCCUUGGGAGCUCCAAUUCAUCAACAUUCAGCCAACACUUCAAGGAUCGAGAGCAAUCUAUAACACCGUGGUUAUCAUCUUAAUUCUGAUACAAGAGUUCUUCUACCUUGUUACCAUCAAUGGUCUCUAUGCUCAGUUUAAACUAUAUGCCCGCGUCGACCCAUACCGAAUUAUUAUCGUCCGCAAUGCAGUUUCCCUUUCUUACACCUUUAUUGGGUCACUAUGCGUUAUCAGUACCAUCUGGGCUUUCAAAUCAGGCUGGGAUAUCAAUGGAAGUCAGUUUAUCUUAUCCUGGGCCGUUAUAUGGCUCUUCGCGCAUAUCAACUUUCUCACUCUUGAUAUGUUUACGAUAUGGCUACCACCUCCAUUUGUCCCAAUGGCCCUCGUAUCAUGGAUAAUCUUCAAUGUCACCUCCACCUUGUUGCCUUUCGAGCUAAGCCCGGCAUUCUAUCGCAUCGGGUUUAUAUUUCCCGCUCACGAACUCUAUCAAGUACUGAUAGAUAUCUGGUCUCGCGGUUGCAAUCCCCAACUGCACUAUGCAUUACCGAUAUUGUUUACCUGGGAGCUCCUGACCCUCAUCUCAAGUGCUCUUGGGGUAUUUCGCAGAUGCCACUUUGCGGUGCUCGGGGAAGAGUUACAGAAAAAGGAGUUCAAGGAGCGCCUUGAUGCUGCUGUGGCAUUUGAGAUGGAAAGGGAGAAUGAGAUGAAGCAAAAGCAUCCCGCGCCUGCAAAACCAGAGGCUGAACAAAAGCAUGAAGAAACACUACCUGAGCAGGCUAUCUCCGAAGGUGAAGACGAAGAGAGGGUUGUGCGAGAAGAGCUGGCCCUUGUCCUCGAGCAGGUGAAUACCAGACAACAACGGGAGCAGGAAAGGGCGAGUACAGCCUGCAACUUUGGGCCGACAUUCAACCUACCAUUCAGUCAAGAGGGUGUUGAUGGCGCGUAGGAGACAUGACAUGAAGACAAGGGAAAAAUGCAUGCCAGUGGAGUGGAGAAAACAUCUUAAGGAAGGUGGCAGGAAUCGUACUAAAACUCUUAGCCAGCAACUCAAAAUUAUGGCCGUAUUGUGGCGAGAGAGCAUUGAGAAACUU